AUGCCGGCUGAGGAACGCCGGGAUGAAGAUCCCCCGUCAUCUCGGGCAGAUACCGACCAGUCAAAGCGAAUGUCCAGACAAAUUGGAAGAGGGCACGAUGACACAUUACCGGCUACACCGGGCUACAAGUCAGUGGACAAAGGAGGACCGGUAAGGAGUUGUAAAGUAGGAUACGCAGAGUUGAAGAUACUGUGAUAUUCGGCUUUAAAUUUAUCAAAUUAUACUCUAGAAUUAUGAAAACCUUGGAUUUUAUUAUAUGUACAUCAAUGUGAUUUUUAUUCAAGAUUGCGCAGGCUUUUCUUACGCCUUGUUAAAUCAAGUACGAUGUCCUCUAGAGUCUAAAUCCUUGCUUGACCUUCAUGUAUACUCAUAGGUCAAAAUAUAUUAUACAUUUUUUAAGGUUUUUUGGUACCUUAUUUACUACUGUUCAGAAAAGGCAUUCUAAUCUUGUGCUUAGGGUUAUAUGCCUCAUGAUUACUAGAUGUUUCACAUGCCUGUUUCUAGGAGUCCCCCGGAAAUGAAUCGCCAGAAAGCGAAGACUCUUCUGAAAUGCGAGUUGUCCCACGACAGCGAUCGAUGGCGGCAGCUAUUCCUUAUCAUCGUUCUGAAUUCGAAGUGCACAGUAAGUCAAACGUCAAAGAUUUCAUUCGUAUUUUAAAAUUCUUUAAACGUAAUUCUAAAGCUGUUAAAGUGAUAUGCACGUAUUUAUGGGAAUCGUAUUUUACCAAAUCAUUUUCAGCAUAUCAAGUUGCAACUUACCGAAUCCACCUCUCGAAGUUUAUUGAAGGAAUGAUCAAGCCAUCGCUCUUUCACUUGGCCAAAACUGUCUCCAACAGAUGCUUUUUAUUUUUGACAUUACCAAUUUUUCUUCUUGGAGUUUCAUUGAUUGGCCCCAUCUACUACAAAGAUCAGCUGCAGAUCAGUGUCCCAUUUCCGUCGUUUUUGAGUGGUCCUGAUCCAACAGUAGCGGUGAGGUCGCUGAGAUCGCAGGUGACAGUCCCAUUUAAUUCGAGCAAUCCAGAGUUUGAUGCGCUAAAAAGAACAAGCUCUUCAGAGUUCGGGAUUCUGUUGAGCACAAAGUAAGUUGUGUGGCUUUAGCCGUUUUAUGGAAGCCUACAAUGUCGGAGCAUAUAAGGCGUUUGUGUGGUCGAAAUUUAGUUUUAUUAAGGUUGAUUUUUGAGUAAAAAAUGGUCUUGUGCCUUCGAAAUUUGCGUUAAAUUACAUAAGAGAUUUUAAAGCCUUUUUUCAUUCUUUCAACAAAAUUUUAGUGAACAAAGUUAAGUUUUUUAAAACGGACUUUUUUACAAAGUGAAGCAUGGCCCGGACAUUGUUGCGGUGACCAUCACCGAAUUUCUUCAAAUUUGGCUCAUAGAACACCCACAGGGCAUACAUGAAAAGCGUCUAAGGUUUUUGCGAAAUUUGCAUUAUUCCAGGAUUACUGUAACAUUUUGUGUUUUAUAAAGCGGCCGUUGUGGUGGGCCGGGUGAUGGCUCUAUGAGUACAAAACUUUCUGUGUGGCGGUUUUCGACCAUGGCCAACAUUUUCCUUACUGAAACAUUUUUUGUAUCUCUUCAUCUUAUGGUAGUACUGUAACCUUCAACAUACCAUAUCGAUUACCGUUAAAAAUUGGGAAAAGUGUAACCAGUUUUUAAGCUUGAUUAUAAAGGUUGGACACACUCUCCGUAAAAUAAGACCAAAAAAUCCAAAAUAAAAAUAUAAGUUUUUGAGAUAUGCGCGUUCAAAGUUGCUAUGUUCGGGUACUGUAGGACCAAAAUGGAGAUGAUGAAUUCUCAAACGGUACCAUUCGUUGCCACGCCUCACCCAUUAAUAGAGCAGCCUGAGAAAAAUAUUUUCUGAUCAAAAAAUAAAUAUUUGAGGCUUUAUUUCAGGCUUUAUACGAUGGUUACUGUAGUUUCUAACUUUUGUUAAUUUCGCUAACCAUUUUUUCCAGAUAACGUAUUUAGACUAGCUAUCCCAUUGAGAAAUGUGUAUACAACGUAAAAAUAAAAAAAUCAAGGUCGCAGUACCAUCAAUUCCUGAAAUAAAGGGAGAUUACGGUAGCCGUAUCCGUUUUUUCGCUGUUUGGCCGCGGCAUUCUUUGGAGCUGCAAGUGUAACCAGAUUUGAGACUGGAAAUUCACUCAGAAUGGAUAGAUCAGUAUUUGAGCAAAAAAUAGCGAAAAUAAAAAUAUAAGUUUUUGAGAAAAUCCGGGAUUACGGUCAUUUUAAGGGGUUUUUGGGCCGUUUGGCCGCGGCAUUCUUUGGAGCUGCAAGUGUAACCAGAUUUGGAAAUGGAAAUACACCCAGAAUGGAUAGAGGAGUAUUUUAGCAAAAAAUAGCGAAAAUAAAAAUAUAAGUUUUUGAGAAAAUCCCGGAUUACGGUCAUUUUAGGGGGUUUUUGGGCCGUUUGGCCGCGGCAUUCUUUGGAGCUGCUAGUGUAACCAGAUUUGAGACUGGAAAUUCACUCAGAAUGGAUAGAUGAGUAUUUGAGCAAAAAAUAGCGAAAAUAAAAAUAUAAGUUUUUGAGAAAAUCCCGGAUUACGGUAAUUUUAGGGGGUUUUUGGGCCGUUUGGCCGCGGCAUUCUUUGGAGCUGCUAGUGUAACCAGAUUUGAGACUGGAAAUUCACUCCGAAUGGAUAGUUGAGUAUUUGAGCAAAAAAUAGCGAAAAUAAAAACAUAAGUUUUUGAGAAAAUCCGAAAUUACGGUCAUUUUAGGGGAUUUCCUGGCCGAAAUUACCGUAAUCCGGGAUUUUCUCAAAAACUUAUAUUUUUAUUUUCGCUAUUUUUUUCUAAAAUACUCCCCUGUAUAUUCUGAACAAAUUUCCAGUCUCAAAUCUGGUUACACUUGCAGCUCCAAAGAAUGCCGCGGCCAAACGGCCCAAAAAACCCCUAAAAUGACCGUAAUCCCGGAUUUUCUCAAAAACUUAUAUUUUUAUUUUCGCUAUUUUUUUCUAAAAUACUCCCCUGUAUAUUCUGAACAAAUUUCCAGUCUCAAAUCUGGUUACACUUGCAGCUCCAAAGAAUGCCGCGGCCAAACGGCCCAAAAACCCCCUAAAAUGACCGUAAUCCGGGAUUUUCUCAAAAACUUAUAUUUUUAUUUUCGCUAUUUUUUGCUAAAAUACUCCUCUAUCCAUUCUGGGUGUAUUUCCAUUUCCAAAUCUGGUUACACUUGCAGCUCCAAAGAAUGCCGCGGCCAAACGGCCCAAAAACCCCUUAAAAUGACCGUAAUCCGGGAUUUUCUCAAAAACUUAUAUUUUUAUUUUCGCUAUUUUUUGCUCAAAUACUCAUCUAUCCAUUCUGAGUGAAUUUCCAGUCUCAAAUCUGGUUACACUUGCAGCUCCAAAGAAUGCCGCGGCCAAACAGCGAAAAAAACGGAUACGGCUACCGUAAUCUCCCUUUAUUUCAGGAAUUGAUGGUACUGCGACCUUGAUUUUUUUAUUUUUACGUUGUAUACACAUUUCUCAAUGGGAUAGCUAGUCUAAAUACGUUAUCUGGAAAAAAUGGUUAGCGAAAUUAACAAAAGUUAGAAACUACAGUAACCAUCGUAUAAAGCCUGAAAUAAAGCCUCAAAUAUUUAUUUUUUGAUCAGAAAAUAUUUUUCUCAGGCUGCUCUAUUAAUGGGUGAGGCGUGGCAACGAAUGGUACCGUUUGAGAAUUCAUCAUCUCCAUUUUGGUCCUACAGUACCCGAACAUAGCAACUUUGAACGCGCAUAUCUCAAAAACUUAUAUUUUUAUUUUGGAUUUUUUUGUCUUAUUUUACGGAGAGUGUGUCCAACCUUUAUAAUCAAGCUUAAAAACUGGUUACACUCCUUCCAAUUUUUAACGGUAAUCGAUAUGGUAUGUUGAAGGUUACAGUACUACCAUAAGAUGAAGAGAUACAAAAAAUGUUUUAGUGAGGAAAAUGUUGGCCAUGGUCGAAAACUGCCACACAGAAAGUUUUGUACUCAUAGAGCCAUCACCCGGCCCACCACAACGGCAGCUUUAUAAAACACAAAAUGUUACAGUAAUCCCGGACUGGUUGAAAUUUCGCGAAACCCUUCUUCGCUUUUCAUCAACAUGCUCAGGCCCUUCUAUUGGCCAAGUUUCAAGAAAUUUGGUGAUGGUCGUUGCAACAAUGUCCGGGCCCCGUGGAGGGAAGCUUCAGUUUGUAAAAAACUCUCUUUUAAAUACGCCGGAGGUACAUGUACAUAUAAAUAUAUUUUACUGUCAGGUAAUUACUUAAAUCGCACAUAGCCUUCCAGGCUCUCAAAAAAUAUUAAAAACAAAAUCGAUUACACUAAUGUACCACCUGUGGCAUCGAGUGCCUCACUCACUUAAAAAUCUUCUUUCAGGAACCCCUUUACAAAUAUCAUUUCCAAUUCUUCUCUGUCAACCUAUGAUCGGCUCAACUAUAUGAUUGCGAACUUGACUGUGGCUCAUACCGUGAAGAGCUUGACGGUAAGUAAUUUUUUCGUUGAUAAAGCAAACUUCUUUGUCGAAUUUUUUCUACAGCGUAUUUUAAAAUGCCAACUUUUUAGUGGGACGACAUUUGUCGAGAGAACUGUGAUUCCGACAACUUGCUGAUGAGAAAUCUCCGAAAUGGCAGAGCUUUGCUGAAAUGGCCACAAUCGAUCGUAUUUGAUGAGGAAAACAAACAAAAGAGGUUCUCGGUGGCCAAUGUUUUUGGAGGUGAGUUGCGAAUAAAAUCUUGUAGUUUUGUCCAAAUCUGCACGGUGAUUUUAAGUUUGUAAAUAGUUAAGAUUAAGUCAAUUAUCUUCUUUUUUCCAGGGGUUGAAGCUGAUGGAGACAACAAUAUCAACAAAGCCAAUACGAUUCAAAUGAACCUCAAGCUCAAGGAGGAUUUGAAAACUGAAACUUAUGACCAGUUUGAUGCCCGGCUAAAAAGUUUGGUAUGAUAAUUCCAAUUGUUUGAAACCGCGUAUUUUACAUCGAAAAAUCACUCCGUUUCUCGAUUUUAAUGACAAAUAUUUUGCAGCUAACCAACCGAUUUUCCGACAAGGAAAUGAGAGUUUACUAUUGGUCAAUGUACAAUUAUAUCAAGGAGGUUGUCCAGAUGUUGAAUGCCACUCAUUAUCGACUGUUUCCUUUUGCGGCGCUACUUGUGAUCUUCUGCGUGUUGGUCAGCUUUCGAAUGGAUUCUUAUCGGGUAAGACUGCUGCCUAAAGAUAUUAUUUAUUAUUUCUUUGCCGUUGACUUGGCGGAAAGCCCAAAUUUUACUUCGUCCUAAAUUGAACAAGAUCCCAUAUUACAGUGGGGGACCUGAUCCAGUGGCAAAAAACCUACCAUUUUGCGAAUGGGAAGUGUCAAAAAUGUGGCAAAAUUCUUCCCUCUCCAAGUGCAAAAAACUCCUUAUUUCAAAAGCACGCCCGCUCUUUUUGUGAGGGAUAAUGCGCGCCCUUCAAAACGAUUUUUUUUCACUUGGAGAGGGAAACAUUUUGCCACAUUUUUGAUACUUCCCAUUUGCAAAAUGGUACGUUUUUUAACACUGGAUCAGGUCCCCCACUGUACCACCUCUCUUCUGACUGCAUGCACUUUCAGACCCGUCCAUUUGUUGGCCUCCAGACCGGUGUUGUGCUUGUCCUCAGUUCGUUCGUCGGAUAUGCCGUUCAAAUCGCGGGUGCUGGCCAGAUCAACGCCUUGGUCUUCCCAGCCGUCUUUGUCAUCAGUGCUUGCGGAGCGUUGUUAUUCUUUUCUUUGGGGCAAUCUUGGAAUCGAUACUCCUUGGCAGCUCUUCAUCCCGCCGAGAAAUUGGCUUUCAUCAUUUCGUGGGAUGGCCCAUGCACCUUGUUGACGCUGCUUUGUGUUAUCGCGGGAUCAAGUAUGUUAUCAUAAAUUUAAAGACAAAUAUUCAAGCACAAACACAGCACGUAUUAUACCAGUCAUAAUCGAUUUUUCCAGUUAUUGUCGCUCUGUUUGCCCCAUUGACUCUGAUCCAAGCGAGUUUCUUUACCAUUGCUGCCGGUUUGACCGCAGUUCUGAUCUUUGGAAUGCUCUACAUGGCAGUUUGUUGGUUUUGGUCGGGCCGUCGCGAAGCUGAAGGCUUGAAAUGGUGGCAACUCGGCAAGAAAGGCGAUCAACAGUUCAACCGUUAGUUAAAAAAACUUCUACGUUCAACAAAAGUCUACUAAAAACUCAAAUAACCUUUCUAUAUUUUUCAGAAAAAUGCGUCGUUGAUUACGAUCCGUCAACAGCCGCAAUGCUUCAUGAAAAAUUGGCUGACUUGAAGCCCAAUUUCGCCUCUUCGGUUGGAAAAUUCUCUUCCUCAUAUGGAAUGAGGGCUAUUUCGCUUUGCAUUUGCGUUGUCUUUGUAACAUUCGCUGUGCUCGGAUUAGAACACAUUAAUGUCCAAAUGAAAGAGGAGGACUUUGUUCAGAGCAACUCAACUUCAGCUCAAUAUUUGAGCAAGUACAAGACCGCUUUUCCGUAAGUCUUGUUUAAAAAAGUUAUCAACCAUUUUCAGGAAAUACGAAGAGUACGUCGAGCUCAUUAUCGACAGCCCAAUUGACUACUAUGACAAGAGUCGGCGAGCAGAAAUCAUGAAGUUGAUGCGUCAACAACUUGAAGACGGCUACGUCGAUCGCAUUGUCAGUUGGAUCCCUGAUUUCGAGGACUUCCAAAGAAAUACCGUCUAUGAUGUUAAUCCAGACACAAUUAUUGAUGUUAUCAAGUUCUUGUUCUUGGAGUCCGACCAUUAUCAUCGAUAUGCCAGUGAUAUCGUCAUUGACAAGAGGAGAACGCAAAUUUUGAGAUCCCGGUCGUAUUUGGAGCUGACCGAAAAGGGUGUUAAAGAGAGGCAGACGUUGGUGAAGAAUAUCUUGGAGAAGGCUGAACAGUUUGAUCUUCCUGUUACAGUAAGAACACCAUUGGCUUUCAGCCUGCAUCAUGAUGUUCAGGUAGGGAUUUAGGGACAUAAGACCGAUAUUUCUGCACCCAUAAAGUCUCGAAAAUUUUGAAAAUACUUGGCACAAAUACCCAUCAAUUUCCUCCAAGAUAUGUAGGCUUUUUAGCACGCACUAUCUACAUAGAUACGACCCAGUCCCUACAGUCUAAAAAUACCAAUUUUGUGCUUAUUUUUCCUUCUGUCUAAAGUGGAUUAUAUAAAUUCAUAUAAGGCAGUCUCUUCAUCACGAAGCUCACGGCAUGGAGAGUCUUUUUCCCUGAUCCACCCUUUCCGUUUACAACAAAGUAAUUUUCAGAAACCGCUGAAUUAUUCAGCUAUAUCUGUCAGAUGUUGUCAUACUUGCUAGAAUCUUUUUAUUUACCGCAAAAUGAACAUGCAAGAUUUGAUAAAAAAUUUUUUCGUUUUUGGUUCCCCCUAGGGAUCAAAGCUCGCUUCCUUGAAGAUUUUGACGACUUCGUUAAAAUGAGGCCGUUUCCACUGUCCCAAUUUAUUUUUUUAUUAACCACCAACCGCUGGUGCUCGUAUUUUACCAUUUCAGGUGCUCAACCGUUUCCUCCUCGCCCUCAUCAUCGAGAUUUUGUCCAUCACCGCCCUGAGUUUCAUCCUCAUUCUGCAGCCAUCAAUCUCUCUGUGCCUUCUCGUCAAUUGCUCGAUAAUUUCCUUCGGAAUCAUUGGGUAUUCCUCGUCGCUAGGAAUCCCUCUAAAUGCACCGACAUUAACAACCUUGCUCAUGGGAAAUGUCUACAUCGCCGUGAUGACAAUUCAUUUCUGCUAUCAAUUCGUGAAUACUGGCAGUCGUCAGCAAGCAAGUAUUGAUCGAAUUUGUUACGCCUUCCAAUGUAGUCUGGCGCCCAAUGUGUUUUCUGCCAUCAUUUUGGGAGCUUUCUUUUUCCCAUUGCCUGUGGCGGUUGAUGCUCCCGUCCUGAUGCACGUAUGGAAAAUAUUGAUUGCUGUGGCGGUUCUAUCCGUACUUUCGAUGAUUUGUGUGCUUCCAUUGUAAGGCUUUAUCAUAUAGUAUUACAGUCAUAUAAAAUUUCGUAUUUUACACUAUGUUUUCCUAUGUUUCAGGUUGAUGAUUACUCUCACCGAGACAAUCGCCAAAUGUUUUGGGAAGUUCCACAAAAUUUGCGACAAAAAUGGUGUCUUUGGAGUGGAGCAUCCUUCCGAGAGCAUCUACUAUGUUCAAGGAAGUCGGCAGCUGAAGAUGCUUGGCUAUGGCCACGGUGGAAUGCUGACGAUAGAUCGGCAAACUCGACAGAUGAUUUUGAACCCCAACAGACUUCCACAACCUCCUCCUGACUACACAAUGGGAGGAAAUAUGAUUGUCGCCGAUUUGUAUCCGCGUAGAGCCGAGAGGUAUCGGAUUAGAGAGGCUGGCAGCGAGGUAAAAAUUAUGCAUUUGAUAUAAGCUUGAAAUACAGUGGGGGACCUGAUUCAAUGGCAAAAAACGUACCAUUUUGCAUCCCAGAAGUACCAAAAAUGUGGCAAAAUGCUGCCCUCUCCAUGUGAAAAAAAACUCCGAUUUCAAAGGCGCGCCCGCUCUUUUUGUGCGGGAAAGAGCGCACACUUCAAAACGAAGUUUUUCCACUUGGAGGAGGAGGCAUUUUGCCACAUUUUUCGAUACUUCCCGGAUGCAAAAUGGCACGUUCUUUGCCACUGGAUCAGGUCCGUCACUGUAGACGCUUAAUUUCGAUUCGUUGACCUUAUAAAAAGCAAAUAUUUUGUUUCAGACUGAAAGCCGGCCAGCUAGCACCAGAAUUCCGCAAAGCCAAGAGUCCUCCAGAAAUCAUACCCCCAGGCACGAACGUCGCAAUCGCUAUCAAAGACCGAUCGAGGAGGAUGGCGAAGAGCAGAUUUACGAAGAACCUGACACUCCGGUAAGUCCACAAUCAAUCUUGCAUCACAAAAUCCACUCUCAGCCCCCUCAUCGUCAUCGUUCGUAUCACACUUCGCCUCAGGCCAGAUACAUCCCUCGUGAUUCGCAGGGCUUUCGCGUGGAAUACCCUCCGGAUGUGGAUCCUAUCCGCCAAACAUGGCGUCAAUAUACCAUGGAUCCUCAUGCUUUCGCCUAUCCCUACCUCUCAUCUCCCUCCUCAUCCCGCCGAUUUGCAUAA